CCCCCGGCCGGGCGGACCAUAAAGCGCCCGGCCGCGGCCGCGGAGCUCAGCCGCCCGCCGCCCCUGCCUGCGCCCGGCCGGCACGCCAGCGCCCCCUCGACGGCAGCCCGGACGCCGCGCGCCCGCCACCUGCGCCGCCACCGCGCCGGACAGAGGCACAGCGCGCUGCCCCGGGACACCCAGGCAGGGCCGACGCCGCCGUCACCCGCCCGCCCCUCGGGGAGCAGGAAGAGCCGAGAUGCUGGCCCCGCGCGGAGCCGCCUUGCUCCUGCUGCACCUGGCCCUGCAGCCGUGGCUGGGGGCCGGCGCCCAGGCCACCCCCCAGGUGUUUGACCUUCUCCCAUCCUCCGGUCAGAGGCUGAACCCAGGGGUUCUGCAGCCAUUCCUAACAGACCCCACCCUGAGUGAUCUCUAUGUGAUCUCUACCUUCAAGCUGCAGACCAAAAGCUCAGCUACUAUCUUCGGCCUUUACUCUUCAACUGACAACAGCAAAUAUUUUGAAUUCACUGUAAUGGGACGCUUAAACAAAGCCAUCCUCCGGUACCUGAAGAAUGAUGGGAAGAUCCAUUUGGUGGUUUUCAACAACCUGCAGCUGGCAGAUGGGAGGCGGCACAGGGUCCUCCUGAGAAUGACCAAUCUGCAGCGAGGAGCUGGUUCCAUCGAGCUCUACCUGGACUGCACCCAAGUGGAUUCCGUUCACAAUCUCCCCAGAGCCUUUUCUGGCCUCUCCCAGAGUCCUGAGUCCAUUGAAUUGAGGACUUUCCAGAGGAAGCCACAGGACUUCUUGGAGGAGCUGAAGCUGGUGGUGAGAGGCUCAUUGUUCCAGGCAGCGGGACUGCAAGACUGCUUCCUACAGCAGAGCGAGCCCCUGGCCACCCCAAGCACAGGAGACUUUAAUCGUCAGUUCUUGGGUCAAAUGACACAAUUAAACCAACUUCUGGGAGAAGUGAAGGACCUUCUGAGACAGCAGGUCAAAGAAACAACAUUUUUGCGAAACACCAUAGCUGAAUGCCAGGCUUGCGGUCCACUCACCGUUCAGGCUCCAACCCCAAGCACACUGGUGCCCCCAGCACCGCCGGCACCACCGACACGUGCACCACGCCGGUGUGACUCCAACCCAUGUUUCCAAGGCGUCCAAUGCAUUGACACCAGAGAUGGCUUCCAGUGUGGGUCCUGCCCCGAGGGCUACACGGGAAAUGGGAUCACCUGUUCGGAUGUCGAUGAGUGCAAAUACCAUCCCUGCUACCCAGGCGUGCGCUGCGUGAACUUGUCUCCUGGCUUCAGAUGUGAUGCCUGCCCGGUAGGCUUCACAGGGCCCAUGGUCCGAGGUGUCGGGAUCAAUUUUGCCAAGUCAAACAAACAGGUCUGCACUGAUAUUGACGAGUGUCGGAAUGGAGCCUGCGUUCUCAAUUCUAUCUGCGUCAACACUUUGGGAUCCUAUCGCUGUGGGCCUUGUAAGCCAGGGUACACUGGCGACCAGACGAGGGGGUGCAAAACCGAAAGAAACUGCAGAAAUCCGGAACUGAACCCUUGCAGCGUGAACGCGCAGUGCAUUGAAGAGAGGCAGGGGGACGUGACGUGCGUGUGCGGAGUCGGCUGGGCUGGUGAUGGCUACAUCUGUGGAAAGGAUGUGGACAUUGACGGUUACCCCGACGAGCAGCUGCCAUGCUCUGCCAGGAACUGCAAGAAGGACAACUGCAAGUAUGUGCCAAAUUCUGGCCAAGAAGAUGCAGACGGAGAUGGCAUCGGGGACGCUUGUGAUGAGGAUGCUGAUGGCGACGGCAUCCUCAACGAGCAGGAUAACUGCGUCCUGACUCACAAUGUGGACCAGAGAAACAGUGAUAAAGAUAUCUUUGGGGACGCCUGUGAUAACUGCAUCAAUGUCAUAAAUAAUGACCAGAAAGACACUGAUGGGGACGGGAAAGGAGACGCCUGUGAUGAUGACAUGGAUGGAGAUGGAAUAAAAAACAUUUUGGACAACUGUCCAAAAGUUCCCAAUCGUGACCAGCGGGACAGGGAUGGUGAUGGUGUGGGGGAUGCCUGUGACAGUUGUCCUGACGUCAGCAACCCUAACCAGUCUGAUGUGGAUAAUGACCUUGUUGGGGACUCCUGUGACACCAAUCAGGACAGUGAUGGAGAUGGGCAUCAGGACAGCACAGACAACUGCCCCACCGUCAUCAACAGUGCCCAGCUGGACACCGAUAAGGAUGGGAUUGGUGAUGAGUGUGACGAUGAUGAUGACAACGAUGGCAUCCCAGACCUGGUGCCCCCUGGACCAGACAACUGCCGGCUGGUCCCCAACCCAGCCCAGGAGGACAGCAACAGUGAUGGCGUGGGAGACAUCUGUGAGACUGACUUCGAUCAGGACCAGGUCAUUGAUCGGAUCGAUGUCUGCCCAGAGAACGCAGAGGUCACCCUGACCGACUUCAGGGCCUACCAGACUGUGGUGCUGGAUCCCGAAGGGGACGCCCAGAUUGAUCCCAACUGGGUGGUCCUAAAUCAGGGCAUGGAGAUCGUGCAGACCAUGAACAGCGACCCUGGCCUGGCAGUGGGCUACACAGCUUUUAAUGGCGUUGACUUCGAAGGGACCUUCCAUGUGAACACCCAGACAGAUGACGACUAUGCAGGCUUUAUCUUUGGCUACCAAGACAGCUCCAGCUUCUACGUGGUCAUGUGGAAGCAGACGGAGCAGACGUACUGGCAGGCCACACCGUUCCGAGCGGUGGCGGAACCCGGCAUUCAGCUCAAGGCCGUGAAGUCUAAGACAGGUCCAGGGGAGCAUCUCCGGAACUCCUUGUGGCACACAGGGGACACCAGUGACCAGGUCAGGCUGCUGUGGAAGGACUCCAGGAAUGUGGGCUGGAAGGACAAGGUGUCAUACCGCUGGUUCCUGCAGCACAGGCCCCAGGUGGGCUACAUCAGGGUGCGAUUUUAUGAAGGCACGGAGUUGGUGGCUGACUCUGGCGUCACCAUAGACACCACAAUGCGUGGAGGCCGACUUGGUGUCUUCUGCUUCUCUCAAGAAAAUAUCAUCUGGUCCAACCUCAAGUAUCGCUGCAAUGACACCAUCCCAGAGGACUUCCAAGAGUUUCAAACCCAGAAUUUCGAUCGCUUGGAUAAUUAAACCAGGGAAAGAAUUUGUAACUGCUUUUCCAAACACUAAAACCAUAUAUUUUUUAACUUCCUAUAAUUUUCUUUAUAUAUACUGUGGCUUUCUUUUACCAGCCCAAAUAUGUCAGAACUUUUUAUAUGAAUGUGGCAAUAAAGGAGAAGAGAGAAUUUUUAAAA